UGCAACCACAGCAGCAGCCACAUUGGCACAUUGAAUAUAAAAUUUCAGUGAAAAAUCACGUUUUUAUUUAACAUAAAACGGCAAAUAAAAUAAAUUAAAAUAAUAAAAAAUGCCGACAAUUGGUGUAAAACGUGAUUUGUUAUUCAAUGCUUUGGGCAAAAAAUAUACCGAUGAUGAAUUCCAGCAACUUUGUUUUGCCUUUGGUCUUGAAUUGGAUGAAGUGACAACUGAAAAACAAAUGCUUACGAAAGAGCAAGGAGAUGUUGCAGCAGCUCAAGAUGCAUCCGAAGAAAUCAUCUAUCGCAUUGAUAUUCCUGCAAAUAGAUAUGAUUUGUUAUGCAUGGAAGGUCUAGUAACUGGAUUAUUAGUUUUCCAAGAAAAAAUUAAGCCUCCUCAAUUUAAAUUAGUUGAACCCAAGGGCGGAAUUAAAGCUCGUGAAACUUUGAAAAUUUUACCGGAAACUGCCCAAAUUCGACCAUUUGCUGUGGCUGCAGUUCUAAGGAACAUCACUUUUACCCAAGAAUCGUACAAUUCGUUUAUCGAUUUGCAAGACAAAUUGCACCACAACAUCUGUAGGAAGCGGACUCUCGUCGCCAUAGGGACCCAUGACUUCGACACCAUUAAAGGGCCUUUUACUUAUGAAGCACGUGAACCCCAAAAUAUAAACUUCAUUCCACUUAAUCAAACCAAAUCAAUGAAUGGAAACGAAUUAAUGGAAUUCUACACGAAUCAUGCUCAAUUAAAGCAGUUUCUUCCCAUCAUUAGAGACUCCCCAGUAUAUCCAGUUAUUUAUGAUUCCCAAGGAAUUGUUCUAUCAUUGCCUCCAAUUAUCAACGGAGAUCAUUCGAAAAUUUCGCUAAAAACUAAAAAUGUAUUUAUCGAAUGCACCGCAACCGAUCUAACAAAAGCCAAAGUUGUACUCGAUACUAUCGUUUGUAUGUUCUCAGCUCAUUGUGCUGACAAAUUCACCAUCGAACCAUGCAAUGUUGAAUACCCCGACGGAUCAGUAUCGACAUACCCCGAAAUAGCAUAUCGCACUGAAAAAAUAUCAGCUGCCAAAGCAAAUGCUGCUGUUGGAAUAACAGAAGAACCCCAAAAAAUGGCCAACAUGUUGACCAAAAUGUAUUUGGAAACAACUCUGGUUGGUGAUGAUGAAUUACACGUGAGGAUUCCUCCAACACGACACGAUGUAAUUCAUGCCUGUGAUAUUUAUGAGGAUGUGGCUAUUGCUUAUGGUUACAAUAACAUUACCAAGUCACUACCAUCUUUCAUGCAUAUCGCCAAACAAUUUCCGUUGAAUAAACUGACGGAGCAAUUGCGUGAGCAAGUUGCUCAAGCUGGUUUCACUGAAGCUCUGACUUUUACUUUGUGUUCACGUGACGACAUUGGAACUAAGUUGAAUAAGCUGAUUGAGAACUUGCCAGCUGUUCAUAUUUCGAAUCCGAAAACACUGGAGUUUCAAGUUGUGAGAACGUCUCUGCUGCCAGGUCUUCUGAAGACUCUUGUGGCUAAUCGCAAAAUGCCACUUCCACUUAAAUUGUUUGAAGUGAGCGAUGUAGUUUUGGCUGAAGAUGAUACAGAAGUCGGUGCAAGGAACGAACGCAGAUUGUGUGCCGUAAAUUGCAGUAAAUCGGCUGGAUUUGAAGUUGUUCAUGGUUUAUUAGAUCGUGUUAUGCAGCUUUUGGAAGUUCCAUGGAAAUCUGGAGAAGGAUAUUAUUUACAAGCAUCUGAAGAUUCUAGCUAUUUCCCAGGGCGAUGUGCCAAUGUUAUGUAUAAAAAUGCUCCCAUUGGCAAAAUUGGUGUUCUACAUCCGACUGUUCUUAGUGCAUUUGAAUUAACCACUCCGUGUUCUGUUGUAGAAAUUAGUAUUGAACCAUUUGUUUAAAUAUAUUUCGUAAGCUUUGGCAAAAUAAUAAUGAAUUUAAGCUUAAAAUUAUUUAAUAAAAAAUGAGCUUUCAUGUCUCUAUGUUUAUAACAAA